UUUCAACGAAAAUAAUCAAAUGAAAACAUAAGCAGAAAAGUCAAACCAAAUCUACAUAGCAUCGAAAUUCAAAGCCAAGCAGAAUAAAGUGGAGUACUGCUGCUCUGGAAAUUCAGCGCAAAUUUUGAUGGAAAUAGUUCCAGAGUCAUGUCGUCUGUGUCUGUCUUCCGAUGGGCCAACCUUUCCCAUAUACGAGAGGUUGAGCCUAAUAGAAGUUACCGAGCUACUCCAAGACACACUGGGUAUACAAAUAAACAAUUCGGAGGAAUAUAUCAAUAUUUGUAAUGGAUGCGAAAUGAAAGCAAAACUUAUGUACAGCAUUAUAUCCGAAUUUCGGCAAUCCGACAAACUGUUCUGUUCUUUUCUAGAACAGAAGAGGGCAAUUGAAGGAAUACCGCUUAUAGAGGAAGCAAAACAUGCCAUCAGCAUAGUGACUGUGAUGCCUCUCAAAUCGGCUGUUGACGAAAAACCAGAUGUUCAUAUUUCCCCAUCAUCUACCGAGCAAGGAAAUGUUGAGCAUGGAACCGAGCAAAACAUUAAAGAGGCUAUUUACUUUCAUGCCGAAGACGAGGGUGAUGAGGAUCCUGAGUAUACUGAGGAUUUUCUCGAAGAUCAGGACUAUUCUAGCGAUGAUGACAAACUCGGUGAACCGAAAUUACUGUUAUGCUUUAUUUGCAAAGGAUUCAAUGGAAACGAACGAUCACUUCAUUGUCAUUUAAAGGAACAACAUGGAUCCUUAUCUCCAUACCAUUGUCACAAAUGUUUAGUUAGACUGGAAGAUGUUGUGUCUAUCAACUAUCACUAUAGAUCCCAUGAGUUUCCCUUUGGAUGUCUGUACUGUGAAGAGACUUUUACAUCCGAAGCUGAAUUGAUAACACAUCAGGAGUAUUGUAUUGGGUAUUUCUGCUCUCACUGUUCCAAUCAAUUCCACUUUCUGCAAUCACUCAAGGAGCAUGAGUGCAAAGCCAGUAAAUCGGCCCGAAUGCGUAACGUUAACGCCAUGAUUGGGUCUCGUCGGAACCAAUCACGAUUUAUACCACAAGUGUGCGCGAUAUGUAGCGAAGAUGUGGGGAAAAACAAUCGCUUGGCUCAACAUUUCGAACGAGAGCAUGAGGACUUCCAAGUUCAGUUGUACAAAUGCGAUAUUUGUCCACAAAAAUUCACCGAGCUGCUUGCAGUUAGGUUCCAUAGGUUGUCCCACAAAAAGGACAGCUCCGCCAAACAGCGAAAAAUACCAGCCGUUGAACGAAAUGAUUGCACUAUCUGCUCGCAGGUCUUCAAGUUUAACAAAGAACUGUUGGCACAUAUAGAAGCCGAACAUGCCGAUUCAGGUCUUGAAUUUCACCAGUGUCUCAAGUGUGAUAAAAAGUUCACAUCGGAAGCAAAACUUUUGAAGCACGAUUACAACACCCAUCAGGGCAAACAGCCACAAUUUUUCUGCUCUUUUUGUGGGCGAGUGUUCAACAAACGUCUUGGUUUGCGGGACCAUGAAAAUAUUCAUCGAGGAAUCAAGGAGUACCAUUGCAAAGACUGCAAUAAGGAUUUCACUUACAAAAGCACUUACGACCGUCAUAUGCAAGUGGUACAUACGGACACGAAACAAUUCACCUGUGAAUAUUGUCACAAGAGCUUCAAACGAAAACCAACGCUUAAAGUACAUCUGAGAUUGCACACUGGUGAAAAACCCUAUCAAUGUGAGUAUUGUAGUCGGCGGUUUGUGGAUCCCAGUUCGUUUCAUAAACACAAGCAAAAAGAGCACGGAUGGAAAUCAAAUAACUAUUAGAUACUCUGUAUGGAUUAUCACUUUUUGAAAAAUAUAAAUAAACUAACUGUACCUCACCACGCUUUGCUGUGGCACAUUGUGGUUGCAUGGUUGAGUUGAA